AUACACCGGUUGGUUGUUGGCUUUUAUUCACUGCAUUCCCUCCCUUCUUCCAGACAUUGUAUUGUACCACUCUCUUUACAAGAUAUUUGUCAGUACAGCUCAAUAUUGUUGUCAAGACAUAGUAUGACUUAGCUGCAAAUGACGCAAUGGCGACGAAAAUAAAGAAAAAUGAAUGUUUAACCAGAGGGCACGAACACUAUCUCAGUCACAUAUUAUUACUGGGAAAAGUUUCGCCCGUCGCGCUAAAGGCCAUUAUAAAACGUGAAGAGAAAAGGAGCGGAAAAGAUAUUGCUAAACUGUUAAAUGAGAAAAAGGAUUCAUUAAAAUCAAAGUUCAAAGCAGAAUACUUACAACUCUUUCAAGGUGAUAAAAUAAAUAAAGAUAUUGACUCUUGGGACACUCGCCAACUUUGCGCUGUAUUACUGACCGUGUUUAAAUCAACAUUGGCUACUUCUGAACUUGAAGCAAUAAAAUGUAUAUUUUGCCUUAGAAAAGAUGUUGAAAAGUACGCUAAUCGUGCCUCAUUAACUUUCAAAACUUACACGGCAAAACAAAGCUUACUUAAACCACAUUUACUGAAGUUGAUCGAACAUAUAGACGAAAAGGCUGAUCAUAAGUGUAAACAGAUGAUUUAUUCAUUUGAACCAGAGUCCAUGAAUAUAAGUGAAGGAUUGAUUGCCAAAUUAAAACUAAAUACAGAUGUAAAUUGCCAUCUGCGCAUUGCAAUGGAGGAAAAUAUCGCGCCAUACAAUGCCACGGAAGAUCAAUUGCUAUCGACAACUGGCACACACGUUUUUACUGAAACUCUCCGAGAUAAGAAGGUUUACGCCAAUGAUUCAGCUGUUCUGAAAUGCAAACUCCAUCAUUCAGCAGAAAGGACAGUGGAAUGGAAGAAAGAUUGGAAGCCGGCCGAAAUUUCAGACAAUUUGAUAUAUAUAAACAACAAAUGCACCCACUGGUUAGCAAUAGAACGCGCGACAUUGGAAGACUCUGGCCGAUAUUCGUGUGUGUGUGGAAAUUUUUCAACAUCAGCAGAUCUAACUGUUAUAGAUGAAACAUUGGAUGUUAUCGUUGAUUUGCAUGUAACUUCAGAUGUAAUUGAGAAUAUGAACAUUGAUCUAGUGUGUAAGAUGAAUUUACUAACGUAUAAUCCAAUUUGGCAACACAAUGGGAAAGUUUUACAAUCUUUUGGCAAAUACAUUAUUAUAUCAACUGGAACUACGCAUAAACUAACAAUACUGAAUGUAAACUUUCAAGAUGAAGGUGAAUACACACUAACAUGUGGUAAUGUCUCGUCUAAAAUGACAGUGGCAAUACAAGGACCUCAAGACCCUUUACUCAGAAAACAAUUAGCAGAUACAUUAUACAGAAAUUGGAUGAGGGGAGCUUUAGCAUUAAAGUACUUAAAGAUAGGUUUAGAAGGAUUUUCUGACAAGGCGGUUCAGAAACAUCACAUAGAUAUUAUGACAUCUUUAAGGAACACAUGUAAUACAUGUACAGAGGAAAGUCUUCUUCCACAUAAAAAGGACCAAUGUCCUUACCUAAAGAAACAACAAUGUUUAUGUUUCAAAAGUCAGAAACAAAACCAAAGGCAUUUGUGUCCAAAUGGAGGGUUUUGUGGUAAAUUUUAUGAUAGAAUUGUUCGUGAUCAUCGUUUUCAAGACCCGUUACUUGUGAACACAGAUGUUCAGAAAUGGAGCAUUUAUCCUUGGAGCGUUGCUACAUGCUUUAUAAAUACUACUGGCUACAAAGACAAACAAUCUGCUAAAGAAGUCGACUGCUCAGGCCUUCUUAGUUUGUGUAUAAAUAACAUUUACAUAGAAAUGAUGCUUGGAGAUGUUAUCAUCGACGGAAAGUCAGAUGCAUUUGCACAGGCUCGGGAAGCACGCAAUGAUAUUAUUCACAGUCCAAACUAUGAGCUGUCUGAGUAUCAGCUUUCGAAAUAUUUAAAGAUGUUCAAAGAAGUUUUAAUGAUUAAAGACAAGUAUGGAAAUAAACCUCUGCAAGAGGAACCAGGUGUUGAGGACGCAUUUCAGUCUAUAGAUAUGCUACAGCAAAAUCAGAUAGAGUUACAUUUUGAGGCUGAAAUUAAAACUCUUGGAAAACAUGGGUUGCAAGAAUUACAAAGGGGAUUUCAAAGGGCAAAGGAACAACUUGAACUGAAAGAUCAACUGAGAGAAGAGCAAUCAAAAGAUAAACGAAACGAGUUAGAGCUUUUGUUCAAUCUAAGGUGUACAGAAAAGCAAAUAAAACCUAAAGAGCCAUUUAUAUUUCAUCUGCAUUUACAAAUCAUUGAAAACAAUGGUGAACACUGUUUAUCAGGGAUUUUACGAGUUUUGAAUGCGAUUAGGUGCUACAUAGAACACACCAAUAAUGGGUCUAGUGCGUCCUUUCAUGAAGAGUCAACCGAUAAAUCCGUUUAUCAGCUCCUUGAUUACAUCAAUGAUAUCAAGGAAUGCAGAAUCAGUGAUGCUUUCGUAAGCCAACCUGUAUUAGUUAUAAGUGUUUGCUGCUUUACUUCUGAUGCUGUUGCCAAUUUUCUCAGAUGUACAAAUGAUGACAACUUUCGGCAAUUACUUUUUAAACUUAGAAGAUGUCUACAUGUACAAGAUGACAUUGAAGUGUAUGACAUUAUAGCAAGUUGCCGAUCAAAAGAUAUAGAGACAUCAAAAAAACGUCUAUACUUCACUGACCUACCCGGCAAUCUAAACUGUGUUAAGCAUCAAGACAGACAAUGCACGCUGUAUUGUCCUGACCAUGACACCUUUUUCUGUACAGAAUGCAGGGAAUCAAAUCAUGGCUCAUGUCAUGGAAUAACACGUAUAUCUGAUAAGCCUCUUUACAAUGAAGUACAGCGACGUCUUGUCCUGAAAAGUGAAAAGGGAAAGUAUAAUGUGAAGAUAGAAAAUAUUUCGCGGGACAUGUACAGACAUGACAGAAACGAUUGUUUUCCGACCAGCAUAUGCAUUCUUCCCAAUGAAGAACUUCUCCUUGCUGAUGCCUGGAACAAAAAAUUAAAAAAGUUGAACAGUUCCUAUAAGAUAAUAAGUUAUCGUGAUCUGCCUUACGAUCCUAUCUCCGUUUGUUAUAUAGGACACAAUACAGCUGUCAUUGGAUUAACUGACAAUUAUGUACAAUACGUGGAUGUGUCGGGUGACUUAAAACUAAUACAACUGGUGAAUAUUGAUCAUGAAUGUCUCAGUCUUACAUGUCAUGAUGACACGAUAUAUAUCAAUACUGCAAAUACUUUAUAUGCAUAUAACAAAAACCUUCGUAAUAAAUACGCUCUUUGCCAUCAUAAUGAAGGCUUGGAACAACAUUACAAAUAUCCAGUUGCUGUAAGUAACGAUGGUGAGAGAAUUUACAUAUGCACACAAACAAGUAUAAAUACCGUAAAUAACGAAGGACAUCGUAAGGGUAUUUUAAAAUCAGACAGCUUAAAUAUUCCUAAUGUAUGUGUUGAUGGUGAAGGCUCUGUUCUUGUACAUGAUGGAUUAUCUGGCUCUAUUUAUCAGGUUGAUUACAAUGGUGAAAAAAUCCUUGGAACAGUAGGGAACCUUUCUGAUCAAAGUGCAGAAUCGUUCUGUUUCGAUAAAGAAAACUGUAGAAUGAUAGUUGGUUCUUUAGGAAACAAUAUAUAUGUAUAUCAAUGUGAGUAUUUGCCAACUUGGAGACGAGGAGUAAAGAAAACAUAAAUGUAAUUUGAACUUUAAAACGAGUUCCUUUGCUUUUAUCAGUUUUAGAUGAAUUUGCCUAUUCAUGACUUAUGUCAUUAUAUUUAAUGAAUACAUAAUUUAUGUAUUCCACUUACUGUAUGAUCUAAGAUAUUUGAAAAUGCAAAGUGUAAUUUUUAAAAUUUGAGUUAUUUCUAAUUCGAAUAGAAUUAUUAUUAAAGUUAAGAUAUUUUGUUAAAGGACUCGUUUAGAAAUUUUCCAAGUGUAUUGAAAAUUGUUCUAUAUAUGAACACAUUAUACGAUUAUUUAUUAUUUACGAUUUUUUUUUCAAUGAAAUUAUUUGAAAGAAAACACGAGAAAAACCACUUUUUAUGUAGAAAACCAAACAAAAUCCAAAACAUAGUUAUGAAGUUUUUUCACGUAUGGUAAUUAGUUUGGUUUCGAGCAUGCGCAUAUGUAUGUAUUUUUAUGCGUAUGCUUGUUUGUCUCUUUGUAUAUAAUUUUUGUUGUUGUUUUUUUUUUUUACUUUUCUACAGAUUUAUUAAACAUGAUCGCUAAUGUCAGGCACUGUUUAUCACUUAAUGUCCCUGCCACGAGAAUUCUUAGGGUAGAAAUCUUCCUUACUUGUCAUACAAACCGUGCGACCCAUCAUUAAAAUCUAUUUACGCUAUCAAAAUAGCACACAUAUACUAUACUUAAAAUGAUUAGAGACUGACAGUUAUUUUUGACACUUGAAACACAAUAACAUAUAUGACAAAACCUACUUCUCACAGCAAAGUAGAUUAAGAAGUCAUCAAGUCUGACCAUGAUUUUAAAAUUUUUGACUUCAAUAAUAAUAAUAAUACAGACACUCUAGCGUUGCUAGUUUACCAAAUUUAUCUUAUGUUUUCAAAAGCUUCGUUAAAACAUCCAUGAUUUUCUUAGUUUUUCUUCAGUUAUGUAUCACAAUGUGUUGUUUUGUAGAAAUAUUUCAUGUUUAUAUGUCUUAUUUGACAUAAAUACUUGUAGUUUUUGUUGAUGGCAGUGUUCAUUUUUAGCUGUUCCUUAGAGUUAGCUUUUAAGUAAGGCAUAUGUACUAUUUUAGAAAAAAAUGCUAGCCUCUGUAUUUCUUAUCUCUCUUUUUUUUAAAUUAAAUAAAAUUAAGCUCAAAUGCAGUUUGUUUUGCAUAUCUAAUAUAUUUUUUUUCUUAUGAGGCCACAAUUUUGUUAAAACAAUAAAGCACGGUUGUAGAAUUUAAAAAAAGGAGUCAUCAACUAGAACUUGUUGGAUUUUGAUCUAA